CUGCUGGCCCUGUCCUCCCUGCUGCGGGUCCUGCAGCUCAGCACCCUGUGGCUGGACCCCGUGGAGCUGUACGUGCUUCGGGACUGCGGCUCGGAGGCGGAGCGCAAGGCCUGCAAAGCCCUGGAGCUGGUGAGGCAGCGGGGCACCUUUGCCCUCUGCUCCCUGCUGCUGCUUAGCUCGCUGGCCAACGCCGCCCUGGCCGUGCUGUUCUACUGGGCCGUGCGCAUGGUGGCACCUGCUGUCCUGGCCGUGGCCGGCUUGGUCUUCCUGCUGGCUGAGGUGCUGCCCUUCGCUGUCAGCUCGCGCUGGGGGCUGGCGCUGGCUCCCCGCGGGCUCUGGCUGACCCAGCUCUGUAUGCUGCUCACCUUUCCCGUCUCGCUGCCGCUCAGCAAGCUGCUGGAGCUGGCCCUGCAGCAUGAUGCCAGCACCUGCCUCCUGCGGGAGAAGAUCGUGGACAUGGUGCGCAACAGUGACCCGUACAACGAGUUCGUGCGCGAGGAGUUCAGCAAGGGCGCCCUGCGCAACAAGACGGUGGAGGACGUGCUGACGCCGCUGGACAAGUGCUUCAUGCUCAACGCCAAUGCCGUGCUGGACUUCAAGAGCAUGUCCAUGAUCAUGCAGAGCGGCUACACCCGCAUCCCCGUCUACGAGGAGGAGCGCACCAACCUGGUGGACAUGCUCUAUGUCAAGGACCUGGCUCUGGUGGACCCGGACGACUGUGUGCCGCUCAGCACCAUCAGCAAGUUCUACAACCACCCCCUGCACUUUGUCUUCAACGACACCAAGCUGGACGCCGUCCUGGAGGAGUUUAAAAGAGGCAAAUCGCACCUGGCCAUUGUGCAGAAGGUGAACAACGAGGGAGAGGGCGAUCCCUUCUACGAGGCCAUGGGGCUGGUGACGCUGGAGGACGUCAUCGAGGAGAUCAUCAGGUCGGAGAUCCUGGACGAGUCGGACGACUACAAGGAGAACAAGGUGCGGAAGAGGCCGGCCCCCAUGGGCACCCUGCUGGAGCACAGGAAGGAAGAUUUCUCCUUGUUCAAGGGCUCUGACAACGAGCACAAGGUGAAGAUCUCCCCGCAGCUCUUGCUGGCCACGCAGCGCUUCCUAUCCCGAGAGGUGGAUCUGUUCAGCCCGGCCCGCAUCUCCGAGAAGGUCCUGCUGCACCUGCUGAAGCACCCCAGCGUCAACCAGGAAGUGAAGUUCAAUGAGAGUGACCGCCUGGCGCCCGAGCACUACCUGUACCAGCGCAACCAGCCCGUCAACUACUUCGUCCUGGUCCUGCAGGGCAGGGUGGAAGUGGAGAUCGGGAAGGAGGGGCUGAAAUUCGAGAAUGGAGCGUUCACGUACUACGGUGUCUCGGCGCUGAUGGCGCCCUCCUCAGUUCACCAAUCGCCAGUGUCCACCCUGCGGCCGAACCGGCGUGAGCAACCUCUGGACUGCAGCGAGGGCACCUCCUAUUCCACGUACUGCCCCGACUACACCGUCCGGGCGCUCACCGACCUGCAGUUCAUCAAGGUGACCCGGCUGCAGUACCUCAACGCCCUCAUGGCCUCCAGGAUACAGCCGUCCCCCCAGUCGCCCGACAGCCUGGAGCUGAAGAUCGUCCCCAACAGCCAGACGAAGCUCCUGGACGACAGGAACGCUGUGCCAGGAAAAAGCAGCCAGCCCCUUGGGGAAGAGGAGCACACGGGCAUCUAACCCCUCCCCCCGCAGGACCUGCUGACGGCAGCGUGGGAGCUGGCGCCAUCCUCCCGGCUGUCCUAGCCGCCUCUUGGCUGGGAGUCGGGCCCUGGGGACUCGCCUGACAGCAGCAGAAAUCUCAUGGGGUGGGAUGCCCCAGAUGCCCUCCGUGCGCGCGCG